AUGGAUGACCGACACCAUCACCAACGCACGCACUACCUUGUGUCGCCAGCAAGAAAUGCGGCAUUUUAUGAGGAUGGGCCGAUUACGAGAAACCCCAUGAGGCGAUUGUUCGGCGGAGCCGAACCGGAAGCAAAUGUUAACCAACGAUAUAAGAUGUUUGAUCUGGAAUGGACCAACCAACUGCGGAAACUUGAGCAAAUUCUCGGAGAAAUGAACACCGAGUUAUUCCGAAUGCUACACGACUUUGUCAACCGAGAUUAUGACCGAAGAUCGCCGGUUGCUAUGCUCAAGUUGAGCACUAACACUGCCAAUAACGCACGGAUCUUGGAUCAAUUUCGCCUGGGACUUGAUUCGAGGUGUAAGCUGGCUGUUAUCACCUCACAGCAUUUUGAGAACGUGAAAAUGGCCGUCCGUGAGCUCAUGAGACAAGUGAUGGAUGAACUGCACACUCAAUUGGAUGAUAAUGAUGACAUCAAUGAGGCUCGCGGCGAUCUGAAUAUCACCAAAGGGAGACUCAAUUUUGACAUUGACAUUUUGCCGGAUUGGGUUGAAGCCAAACAGCCUCAUCGUUUGGUUGUCAUUGUGCAAGAUACUAACAACGUCAAUAUGAACACAUUGAAUGAACUUGUAGCAUUAUGUGCUCUGUUGGGAUUACCUCUUAGGUGGGUUUGGGGUGUAUCUCUGAAUAAUAUGGGUAACUGGCUCAAUUCGAAUCUUACUAUACCUGUACGACGCCUUAUUGAGCCGUACUUAUUUGAAGGACCAAGCAACUCAAAUCUAGGAUUUCGUAUUCUUGAGGAGCUAUUUUUAAGAGAUCCUAAAUUAUUGCUAGAUUCAAAGCUUUCUACAAUUUUGCUCAAACGGUUUGAAAAGGCUAACAACUCUGUGGAUCUGUUGGUAGCUGAGAUCAAAAUGUGUUACAUGAUUCAUUUCUAUCAACUGCCUUUGUCGGUUUUACAGGAAUGGAACGUGCAUGACCCCAUUUACAUUGAUGGUCUACGUAAACUUCCGCUGUUUAAGAAGUAUAUCGAGGUAACCGGCGAUGUCGAAGGGCUCACUAAUGAUGACUAUGUUUAUGAGUUGUUCACCAAAGCUAAGACUGAUUUUGGUAAUUACAAACGUCAAGUUUUGUUGGCUGUUGACAAAAUCACAUCGAUUGCUCGAGGCUUGAUUAAGAUUCCCAAAUUUGAAAUUUAUCAUGCAUUGAUCGAUGGCCGCUUUAUAACGUCACUGAUCGCUCGGAGAUUGGUUCAAGUUGUUGAUUCUGCUGGUUUUGAGAAGUCAAACGAACUAGAGGAGAUAUUCAAGCAUCUGUUUCGACCAAUUGAUGACUACGUCUUCUAUGAAAUCUUUACACUAGAUGGUGGUUGGAUUCGUCAACAUACUGAACUCAUUGAGAAUUACAACAACUUGACCUUGCAUCUCAUUCGUCCCCCUCUUCGUAAGCUGCUUGAAGACGCUCUUAAUGACAGUCUGCUAUACCUUGGAGAAGCGCAACGACCUUUACUUGUCCAAUUAUUCAAUAUUUAUCGUGAAGCUCCCACGAAUAUUAACAUUUACGAUUUCUAUACCACGUUCAGAUCGUUAUUGAAUCGUCAAGAUUUUGUUGAUGUCGUCGAUGAUAACGAAUGGAAUAGGAUGACGUACGCUUGGUUCAUACAAAAUUGCUCCACCUUGGUGCUGAUGGGCUUUUUGAAAGAAAAACCUAAAGGUGAUUUUCUAGACAAAUCUUUGUGGAGAGGCGCCUAG